CAUUCAUAGCAAUCGUUGUAACUUGUACAGGAAAAACGUGUGUAACGGCAAAAUCGAACUGCUAUCUCUCUCCUACAUGAACAUGGUUCGAUCUCGAUUCGAUGACCAUGAAAUUGAAGCUAUUUCCAGGUCACAGAGGAGUUGCAUUUCACCGGAGGCGAUCUCCGGGAAUGGCAUCUCGUUCUCAUCCCACUAGAUUCUUCUUCGGCCACGCUUCUGAAGCACAUUUCCGCCGUUCUCUCGCCGUCGUUCUAAUAGUUGCUUCCGCCGUUCUUUUCUCUGUUUUUCUCCUCUACAAGGCUGCCGAUUCAGCUGGCUUGCAGUUUCCCCCUGUAUUUGAUCUUUCCUCUCAGCUUCACUUUGGAUUUCCUUAUUCAGCUGUCAAUUAUUCAGCUGAUGAUGAUGAGUUCAAACUUGAUAGAGUGCUAAAAAAGGCUGCGAUGGAUGAUGGGACAGUGAUAUUAACCACUUUAAACGAAGCAUGGGCAGCACCAAAUUCAAUCAUUGAUCUCUUCCUUGAAAGUUUUAGAGUUGGAAAGGGAACACAUAGACUUUUAGAACAUUUGGUGAUUAUUGCAUUGGAUGAGAAGGCAUUUUCUCGUUGUUUAGCAGUACAUAUGCAUUGCUUUGCUCUUCCGACUGAACCCGGUACUAACUUCUCUGGGGAGGCAUACUUUAUGACCCAUGAUUACCUGAAGAUGAUGUGGAGAAGGAUUGAGUUCCUUCGAUCUGUUCUGGAGAUGGGUUACAAUUUUCUUUUCACGGAUGCUGAUAUCCUGUGGUUCAGAGAUCCAUUUCCUCUGUUCAAUAUAGACGCUGAUUUCCAAAUCGCCUGUGAUCAUUUCCUUGGCAAUUCCAAUGAUUUGAAUAACAGACCAAAUGGAGGAUUCAAAUUUGUAAGGUCAAAUAACAGGUCAAUAGAGUUCUACAAGUUCUGGUACUCAUCACAAGAACUAUAUCCAGGGUAUCAUGAUCAGGAUGUCUUAAAUAAUAUAAAGUACGAUGAUUUCGUCAUUGACCUUGGUCUGAAUAUGAGAUUCUUAAGUACUGCUUACUUUGGCGGACUAUGUGAACCGAGCAAAGAUUUGAAUCAAGUUUGCACCAUGCAUGCAAAUUGUUGUUUCGGUCUUGAUAACAAGCUUAACGAUCUUAAGGUUAUGCUUGAAGAUUGGAAACAUUUCUUAUCAUUGCCACCAAGCUUGAAGAAAUCUUCUUUGUCCUCCUGGAGGGUGCCACAGAGAUUCUUCAUGAUCUCCGGAGAAUAAAUUCAACUGCCAAGAGCAAUGAACAAGAUAAGGAAACAUUGGAAAUUACCCAUAUCUAGGUUU